AUGACAGUCAAAAUUGGGGCUCUCAAUUUCCGCCCGGUAGAAACCGGCAGAGGUCAACAUGCUCUGACCAAAAGAUGGAUGCCCCACGCCGUGGCAGACCCUCUCCUCUUCCUCGCAACCCUCAAUUUCGCUGCGGCCCACCUUGACAACAUCCAUGGAAGGCCUAGUAGUCCAAGGACAAUAGCCCAGAAGAUAGAGACAGUCCGUCUCAUUUAUUCGAGACUCCAAGGUUCUGUCGAUUCUGUGUCCGCUACCACGAUAGGCGCCGUGGCACUGCUUGCAGCAAUGGAGAUAAUCACGACUGGCAACCACCACGAGCUGAGCGUUGACAUGGUUGCUCUCGAAGAGAUGGUAAGGAUGAGAGGCGGCUUGCAGCAAUCGGCUUGCAGCAAUUGGGGUGGGAUGGGAUAG